CUCGGCUGCAUUAAAGCAGGAGCUGCCGCAGCUGCACACACAUCAAAGACUCUGCUCCUCCUCCUCCACCACCUCCUCCUCCUCACUGCAGCUUCACUACAUGGUGGAGCCAUUUCUGCUCCUCACACACAGCGGGAUCGGUGUCCGGUACACAGAACGGGAUAUAUAUUUUAAAAAACGGACAUAGUUGGAAUUUGAGCCGUCUACGUCGCGCCGUGUCGAGAUGAUGCUCUGAGGAGAAGCCUGCGCACCGGCUGUGUUGAUCCCGAGGCUGCAGUGAACGGAGGGGGGAUUGCGGUACAACAAGGUUAAUAAUCGGCAUCGAUAAAGGUCUUGUGUGUGAGCGAGGAGCGGCUGUAAGAGGGUGAUUCUUGCCCCUGUGCGGGGGGUCGGCGGAGAAACAGAGAUCUGUUAAAAAAUUAUGGCCACUCUACUGCGGAAGAUCGGUCUGAUCCGCCUGCACGACCGAGACACCGAAGACCCAAAGCACCACCAGGGCUCACUAAAGGGCACCAAAGGGAACCAAAAGAACAACGCUAACAAACACUGUCAGACCGCCAACGAAACUAACAUCCUGAGCACCCCGGAGAUCAAGGCGAGGAAGCUGGACCAGCACGGCAAGGACAAGCCGUCCGGCAAGGAUAAGCAGGGCAAGGAUGCGAAGGAGAAGCAGCAGACGGGGGGAGGAGGAGGCGGGAGUAAAGCGACCAGUGCCUCCUCGAUACCACCGCUGGCGCCUCACCGGCAACACUGCACCCAGGUCCGGACGCGGCGGCUGAUGAAGGAGCUACAGGAGAUCAGGAGGUUAGGGGACAACUUCAUCACGGUGGAGCUGGUGGAGGACAACCUGUAUGACUGGAACGUCAAGCUGCACCAGGUGGACAAGGACUCGGCGCUGUGGCAGGACAUGAAGGAGACCAGCACCGAGUUCAUACUGCUCAACGUCACCUUUCCUGAUAAUUUCCCCUUCUCGCCGCCGUUUAUGCGCGUCCUGACGCCCCGGUUGGAGAACGGCUACGUGCUGGACGGCGGGGCCAUAUGCAUGGAGCUGUUGACCCCUCGCGGAUGGUCCAGCGCCUACACGGUGGAGGCGGUCAUGAGGCAGUUUGCGGCCAGCCUCGUAAAAGGACAGGGGCGUAUAUGUAGGAAAGCAGGGAAGUCCAAGAAAGCAUUCAGCCGUAAGGAAGCCGAGGCCACCUUCAAGUCCCUAGUGAAGACCCACGAGAAGUACGGCUGGGUGUCACCGCCUGUGUCAGACGGCUGAACGCUCGGUUGCCGGCCCUCCGACCGCCACGCUAGCCGGACAAACCCCAGCUAGCCCCGACACGCAAAACGACACACCACGCUAACUCAACAAUCUCCCAUCCUCACCUUUAGCUGUUUCACUCAAAGAGGUUUUUUUCGGUUUUGUGUGUCUAUGUUAUUAUUUUUGGGAUUUAUUUUUGUCCUCAUCUCCACUGGAGAGCUGACACGCAGCCAUCACCCUCUCUCCUCCACCGAGAAGUGACUUUGGUUCCCCUCCCUCUCGUCCAGGGAGAUUCUUUCCCCCAUUUAGGAAAGACCUGAGAAGGAGUUGUAUGUGUUCGUGUGUGUGUGAGUGUGUGUUUGUCACUCCAUCGGACAUCAGCUGGGAGUGUGUGUAGGUGCAUAAGAGUGUGCGUCAGCGUUGUUUGAUUUUUUUUUUUUUUUUGGUCUAAACGCACACCCAUGCACGUACAGGAUCAGUUGGACAGUGUGGACAUUUCAACCUGUGUGAAAGACUACUGAAUGAAGGAGACUCACCCCCCCCCCGCCAUCCCAUCCUCUCCUCCCUCCCCAUCCAUCGCUCCCUCCUUCUCUACAGCACUGAACUAGCAUCACUCCCCCACCGUCUCUCUCUGUAGCUGUCGGGUCAUUUACAUAUAAAUGAAGCUGUUAAUGUUUAAUAGACGGGCAGCGCACUGGCGUUUAUACUCACUCAUUCCCUCCUUCAUUUCCCUCUUCUUUCGACUGUGCCGUUGCUCACAGGUCAAUGCAACAUGAAGAUUGUAAUUUACAUGGAGCUGUGCUCUCUCUCUCUCUCUCUUUCUUUAUCUAUCUUUCUUUAGCUCGCUCACUUUGUUUCUCUCAGUCUUUCUCUCCGUCUCUUGUGGCUAAAUUUAGAGCUCACUGUUAUGUAGAUGGAUAUUGAUUUCUAAUGGAGACAUGAAAACGUCACAUGUUGCUUUAUGCAGAGACUAUGUAUGAUACAUAGAAUGACAGUCAAUCACCUCUUUUCUCUCUCUACUCUCAUGUUAUUCUGUGUGUGUGUGGGUGUGUGUGUGUGUGUGUGUGUGUGUGUGUGUGUGUUUAGGAGAGGAAGAAGACUGUAAUUCCCAUGAUUAAGAUACCAGAUGGUACAGCUGAAGGCCAGGCCUCAGUAUGUGUGUGUGUGUGUGUGUGUGUGUGUGUGUGUGAACAAGGGAGACAACCCUUUAAACAGAGAUGAAUAUGAUUUACUGUGAAUGACACUAAGGCCUAAAGGGAGUGCUGUUUUUAAUUUUUUUGCUGAAUUUCUAAUCGCCGUCUUGUUCCACUCAGCUCCUGAUUAUUAGUACUGUAAACUCACGUGUGGUUGUGACUGAAUAUCUCCGAUCCAUGAAAAGGUCAGUAGAAUAUAUCCGCGCUUCACACACACACACACACACAUGCGCGCGUGCGUAAGCUCGCCCACACACACACCUGUGGCCUUGACGCCGGCAGUAACACCCAGAAAUGAAGACUGUUCGGGGCUAGAGACUCUGGACGGAGUGCUGCUUUAAAUAAGCGUACGCUCCAGAGCCCGCCUGACUGAUGUCUGCUGAGAGAGAAGGCAGUAGUUGGGAGAGGAGGAGAAGAGGAACAGAAAGGAGAGGAGCUUUGAUCACUACCGGCUGCUCUCUGGAAAUGUCAGGUGGCUUGCAAAAUGGCCAAA